CGGGUGGCCUUUUGACGUCAGUGAGCGGUGGGACUGGCGGGAGACGCGGCUACCGGCUCUCAUACCGGCUUCCUGGAGGCUCACAGGGGAUCCUCCGCGUACGUUUGGCGCGUCCCCCCAGCCCCUGCUUGGCUCUGCAGAGGAUGCUUGCGAUCGAACGCGUCUCCUGCCUUACUUUGCUAUGCUUACAGCCGCCUUCAAAGCUUCGGAGAUCGUAGACUGGGAGCCAUCGCUUGCUGCAGCCUUUUUUGUGAUACGUCGGUAGAAGAUGAAAAACGAAAUAUCCGCAGUAGUAUAUUUUCUUUCGAGACUCGUCAAGAAGAACGAGAAAUUAAGAAAGGAGGAGAUUGAGCGUUUCUCGGACGAGCUUGCAAGAAUCCUGCACGAUAAGUAUGUUAAUCACUGGUAUCCGGAGACGCCCAGCAGAGGACAGGCGUAUAGGUGUAUCCGUGUGAAUAUGUUUCAGGGCGCCGAUCCUGCCCUCCUGAAAGCCUGUCUGCGGAGUGGGCUAAUGUAUGACGAUCUGGGGCUACCUAGAGAAAUAACCCUGUGGGUGGAUCCUUGGGAAGUCUGCUGCAGAUACGGCGAGAAGAACCAUGCAUUUACCGUGGCCUGUUUUGAAAGCGAAGAAGGUGACCAGGGGACCGUCUCUGAGAAAGUUACUCACGCUAUGGAGAGAGUGACCUCUGACUAUCAUUCCGGCUCCUCUUCCGAUGAUGAAAUACACGGAAACGUCAGGAAAACGUUAUCAGCUUCGGCGGUGACCAGCACGCAGAGUGUUUAUAAGGAGCCGGAAUUUGUGUUGCAAUCGGUGCCUUUUUGGAACAAGUAUCCUAAGAGGAAGCCUGGACCUCAUUACCAUCACCGUCCUCGGUUUCUGUCCAGUUAUCACCCUCAAGGAAGCGUCAAGGUGCCCGGGCAAACAGCGUGGCUUCUGCCCGUAGUGUCAAGCGAGAGAAACCAUUGGACUAAUGUACACGUAUUGGCAGCCGGCCACCGCGGCAUGGUUCAGUAGUCAGUGCCGCAGUGCAGUA